AUGAGUUAUGCAACAGCUUAUGCUCUUAUUAUACUCGCUGGUAAUACCAAUCCUGAUGUUGCAACAAUGUCAAAAAUUCUUGGAAGCGUUGGAAUCGUUUGUGAUAAUACAAAAGCACAAAAAGUGAUCGAUACGUGUAAAGGAAAAACUAUUGAUCAAAUUUUUGAAGAAAGUAUCAAAGAAAUAUCAACUUUAUCAGCUGGUGAUACAGCUGUUGGAUCCACUGUUAGUGCUGGUAAAGUUCCUGCUGAAGAAGAAGAAGACAUAGGAUAUGGUUUAUUCGAUUAA